AUGGCACCCAAAAUGAACCCAAAGGCUGUCGCCGGCCGCGCUCGUAAGGCCGAGGCGGCAGAACGCAAGGCGGCCGAAGCUGCCGCGAAGGCGGAAGAGGCCGAGGCAGCGAAGUGGGAGCAAGGUGCUCGCGGUAAGUCGGCCGCGGACCUGCGUAACGAGAAGGCGGCUGAAAAGGCCCGCAAGAAAGCCGAGUUGCAGCGUCUGGCCGAAGAGGACGAGGCCAGCACCCCUGGAAAGCGAUCCAAUGGCACGGACAAGAGUGCGAAGAACAAGGGCAAGAGUACGAGUAAGAGUAGUAGUGGUGGUGGUGGUGGCAGCGGCGCCAAGAACCAUCACGAGCUAGAUGACCUCGAUAUGCAGAUUGCGGCCCUCAAUGCUACUAGUCUGGACGAUGCCCUGGAUGCGAUGGAGCUUGUGAAUGCACGCACCGACAAGGCAGGCCGUGGCGCAGCAGCCGGCAGUAUCGAGAAGCAUCCUGAACGUCGUUUCAAGGCGGCUUUCGAGGCGUACAAGGAGCGCGAACUGCCGAUUCUCAAGCAGGACCACCCCGGCCUGCGUCUGCAACAGUACAACGACUUGCUGUACAAGCAGUUCCAAAAGUCGAAGGAAAAUCCGUUCAACCAGGUGCAUGUGUCGUUCAAUGCUUCCAAAGAAGAAAAAUUGGCGGUUCUCCAGGCCAAGCGCGAUGCAACCGCCGAGCGUCUGGCAGCUUAA